UCUAUCGUGGAGUCUGAACACUCAAACUGUCGCGCAGCCCCUGAACGUAUCGCAACGAGGAUCGAAGGUCGAAUAUUCCACUGAUAACGGCGAUGACGCAAGCGUGAGGGAAACAUCCACGGACGCUAUUGGCCGAAAUUGAGCUCUGGAUGUCGCGCCCGUGAUGAGCCAACGGCUAGUCUCCGAGGCUGGUCAGUCCUCGUCACCGGAACUCGGUGAUGGGGACCGGCUAACGCUACUUCCAACUUGGGUCCUCAAUCCGCCGAUCAUUCUCGAGGCUGCAAAAACCGCCAGACUGCCUUUCAGGAGCAGGAGCAGAUUUCGGGCUGGUCCGGUACGCAAACUACGACGUCGCGCGGUUCUGAAAAGUGGCGAAUGUAACGUUCUUCAAUCGCGCAUUUCUCGACGCUCCCUGCGUUUUCUCCAGGACAUCUUUACGACCCUGGUGGACACUCAAUGGCGCUGGACGCUACUUUGCUUCGCUCUGAGUUUCCUCCUCUCGUGGCUCGCUUUCGCGGGAAUUUGGUGGCUUAUCGCAUUCACCCACGGUGAUUUUGAACCCCGCCAUCAGACCGAUGCUUGGCGACCCUGUGUCAAUGAGCUCCACGGCUUCACCAGUUGCUUUCUCUUCUCUAUCGAGACCCAACAUACAAUCGGUUAUGGGGGUCGCUCAACCACCGAAGAAUGCCCCGAGGCUAUUUUCGUCAUGUGCAUCCAAAGUAUUUCCGGAGUUAUGAUACAAGCCUUCAUGGUGGGCAUCGUCUUUGCCAAGAUGUCACGACCUAAGCAGCGAACUCAGACCCUCCUUUUCUCGAGACAGGCGGUGAUUUGCCAGCGAGAUGGCGAGCUUUGUAUCAUGUUCCGAGUAGGUGAUAUGCGCAAGAGCCAUAUCAUUGGGGCGCACAUCAGGGCACAGCUCAUAAAAUCACGCACAACUAAAGAGGGUGAAGUGCUUCACCACAACCAGCAAGAGCUCGCAGUUGGUGCGGACGGACAACCGGAGAGCCUCUUCUUUAUUUGGCCAUGCACUGUCGUGCAUAGGAUUAAUGCCCAGUCACCCUUUUACUGUAUGUCCGCUGAGGACAUGCUUGCCGAGCGCUUUGAACUCGUCGUCAUUCUUGAAGGCACUAUCGAGUCUACGGGCCAGACGACCCAGGCCAGAUCCUCAUAUCUGCCUCAGGAGAUACUCUGGGGCCACAGAUUCGAACCUAUGGUCAGCUAUUCAAAGGAGCGUCAAGGCUACGAAGUCGAUUACUCGCUGUUCGAUAGCACCGUUCAAGUUGACACGCCGCUCUGCUCUGGACGUGAACUCUCUGAGUUCUACAGACUCCAGGAUGAGCUCCGACAGCCAGCCUUUUCGGAGUACCCUUGCAUCGGAAGUGGACGGAGUACUGGUUGCUUUGCAGGUGCGCAGCUGACAACACCGCAGGAAGAGUUCACCACAAGCUUCUGGCGACGAUACCCUCAGUUAAGUCCCACGGUUCCGAGUGCCCGAUACGGAUGCUACUGUCCCGAGUGCAAAGAGGAAUGCCAUUGGCGUACCCUGGACGUUUCGAGGUGCGUUCUUUGUCACGAGUUCAAGGAGAAGCUGUGCUCGUGUCCCCUCGAUGAUUACCGACGGUACCUCUUUCCGGCAAUGGGUUUCGCGACAAGAAACAACUCCCCGUUGGAGCAGCAUCCAAACCGCAAUCCUUGGAUGCUUUCCAGCUGCUAUAACAGUUCCUCCGAGGAUGAAACCGCCAUGUCCCCUGCAAGGUCUGCCAACGUUUAAUGCAGCUCUGACAUUAACUAUUUCUAUUGUACGAUUUAUAAGGAAGGCUGUGCUAAUUUUUAUGCCAUUUAACCCUUUUCAAACGCGUUUCGAACAUAAAUCCAAGAUACAUCCUGCGCAUACCUGUAUAUCAAUGAGGUUUUUGAUCUUUAAGGAAUUUCUGAUUUUACCGAAAAGAAAUGAUGACCUUUUCCAAUGAGCUUUACAUUUUUUUUUUUUUAAGUAUCAAAU